AUGCCUACCAAGAAGUGGGAAGAGGAGGAGUCCUCCUCUGGCAGCUCCGACGAGUCCUCUCCCGCGGUUCCCGUCACGGCCCCGCGCCGCAAGUUCGAUGAUGAGGAGGCCAACGACAGCGAUGUCCUCGACUCGUGGGACGCCGCCGAAGACUCGGAGGUAGAGCGCGAAAAGGCAAAGAAGGCCGCAGAGGCCAAGGCCAAGGCAGAGGCCGAGGCGGCCGCCAAGAAGAAGUCCAAGGCCGCCCGCAUCAACGAGCACAAGCAGCGGCGCAAGGAGGCCCAAGAGUCGGACGAGAGCGACGAAGAGACCGAGGCGCAGCGCCGCGAGCGCCUCCGCCGCACCGAGAAGGAGGCCGACCUCGCCCACGCCGAGGACCUGUUUGGCGACAUUGGCGUGCCGGCGGGCCGCAAGGUCAAGGCCGCCAGCACGAGCGUCAGCAUCGACCCCUCGGACCCGUCCAAGACGGUCGAGCUGUCCGACAUGCCCAUCUUCAACCCCAAGACCAAGACGCAGUUUGAGGAUAUGCGCCAGGCCCUGAUCCCGCUCAUCACGGCCAACUCGGGCAGGAAGCCGCACUACAACAACUUCAUGGAGGAGUUUGUCAGGCAGCUGUGCGCCGAGAUGCCCUCGGAGAACAUCAAGAAGAUCGCGAGCAAGCUCACGGCCCUCAGCAACGAAAAGAUGAAGCAGGAGAAGGCCGCCUCCGGCACCAAGAAGACCAAGGCCGCCAAGACAAAGACCUCGCUGGUGGCUAACAGAGCUGGCGUGACUGAUACUAACUCGUAUGAGGACACUUUUGGAGACGACGACUUCAUGUGA